UGUGUGUGUGUGUGUGUGUGGUAGGUCAUUGAAAGGCAUUAUGCGCGCUCUUUGGGGGUGUUUUCAGAGAGAGCUGCAGACCUGUCAUUCAACAGCACAGAACCACCAGAGGAGGAACAACACCCCUCUGUGGUCGUAUACUGGUCACUCUCCGUGGCCAUUUUCUCCAUCGGUGGCAUGUUAUCCUCUUUCAUGGUUGGAUUUGUGGGAGACCUGAAAGGCAGGAUAAAGGGCAUGAUGAUGAUCAAUGUUCUGGCUGUAGCUGCUGGGCUGCUGAUGCUUCUCUGCAGGAUGUGGAAGCCGUACAUCAUGGUCAUCUCAGGCCGCGCUGUCAUGGGCUUCUACUGUGGGUUAACAUGUGGGCUCGUUCCUAUGUAUAUUGGAGAGAUCGCACCCAAGGCUUACAGAGGAGCUCUGGGAACAUUACACCAGCUGGCGAUUGUCGCUGGCAUUCUCCUCAGCCAGGUAAUUGGUCUGGACUUUGUGCUUGGUAACGAGGAUCGGUGGCCCCUGUUGCUUGGUCUGUCUGGAGCUCCUGCAGUGCUACAAUGCCUCUUGCUGCCCUUUUGCCCCGAGAGCCCUCGGUACCUCUACAUCAUUUUGGGCAAGGAAGAAGAGGCUCGAAAAAGUCUGUCUCGUCUGAAGGGACCAUAUGACGCAACGCCUGACAUAGAAGAGAUGAGGAGAGAGAAAGAAGAGGCUGACAAGGAGCCGAGAGUCUCCAUCCUUUCUUUGAUCUGUUCCACUGUGUACCGACGGCAGCUGUUUGUUGCUCUUAUGAUGCACUUGUCCCAACAGCUCUCUGGUAUCAACGCUAUCUUUUAUUACUCCACUUCCAUCUUCGAGCGGGCCGGUGUCAGUCAGCCAGUCUAUGCCACGAUUGGAGUCGGGGUCAUCAACACAAUCUUCACUCUGGUGUCUGUUGCUCUGGUGGACAGGGCCGGCAGACGGACCUUGACUCUGGCUGGUCUGGGAGGAAUGUGCAUCUGUGCUAUUGCCAUGACAGUGGGCCUCAAACUCCUGAACACAUACUCAUGGAUGAGCUACGUCAGCAUGGCCGCCAUCUUCCUCUUUGUGAGCUUCUUUGAGAUCGGUCCCGGUCCCAUUCCGUGGUUCAUCGUGGCUGAACUGUUCAGUCAGGGACCCCGACCUGCUGCGAUCGCCAUCGCCGGCUGCUGUAACUGGACAAGUAACUUCAUCAUUGCCAUGACGUUUCCAUACAUACAGGCUUGGAUGGACAGCUAUGUGUUCAUCCUGUUUGCCGUGUUGCUUCUUGGCUUCACGAUAUUUAUAUACCUUCGAGUGCCUGAGACCAAGGGCAAAACAUUUGAGGAAAUCGCUGCCGAAUUCCAAAAGGGACGCCGGACUCAUAAGGACAUUAAUGAACUGCAGCAGCUCAAAGCAUCAACAGAUGCCUAAACUGCUGUUUACUUGCAUGGUACACAGAGAUAUCUCUGUAUUUUGAGAUUGUUUAUGUACAUUUAUUGAUGAAUGGAGAACACAGUUUUUACACAAAAAAGACAACAUGUUUAAUCCCAGUGCUCAUAUCAUACCUUCAUAAUGUGUGGAGUGAAGUUUACAUUGAACCAAAACAUUAACUCUUAUUGCAGUAUUUUGGGUUGACAACGGAAGCAGCUAUACUCUUGCUUUUACACUGACAUCAAUUUAAAUACUAUGUGCAUGUGAAAGAGAUUGCAAAUAUUGCUGAUCCUAUGAAAAUGUUGACCUGAAGAUAUGUUUUCUUCCCUGAGUGAUACUGAAAAAUUCCUUUUGUGGUGCCUGAUUUAUUUUUUUUGCUGCAUCACUCAUCAGCAGCACACAGGCAUUUACAUAAAAACACACAACGCUUAUGCAGAAGCAAAAAAUUUCCAAGUGCCUGAGAAAAACACAAUGAAAAAGAAAAUACAGAUUUGUAACAGAGUUAAAUUCAGAGUUGGACUUCUUGUUUCAAAAUGAGUGCUGACUGUGUGGGCUUGAGGUGUUAAAGAAAUUGCAUGCACAUAUUUCUGCUCAUCAUGUCAAAGAAUUGUGUCCACUGCCCCCCAGUUGCUGGAUUAACAGUAUGAAUGCAUUUUUAAAAGCUGCAACCAUGAAAUGAAUGGACAUUAAACUAAAUGG